AUGGAAGAUCUAUCAAUAGGAGAAAUUUACACGUCGGAUAAGAAAGGCAGUGACGAGACUGGCGAUGGAUCUGAAGCCAAGCCGUUCAAGACGAUUUUGCAGGCAAUGCGGCAUGCAGGCAAAGAGCCGUUCCCUACAAUUUAUGUUGACGCAAAGGAUGACACAAAAGUGUAUGAAGUUGCGGCAAAAUCUCAGCUGAAGAAAAUACACAAGAUCUGGGUAAGGGAGAGCUACAAAGCGGCGGAUAAGGCCAAAGCCGACGAAGAAACCAACGAGAAAAGACAGCAAAACUUGGAGGAAGCUAAGAAAAUCGUCAUCAAGGAAGAUCCUAGCCUGCCUAAGGCUACUUUUGUGAAAAUUGCAGAAGCUGCUGAGCACCGUGGUGAACGAAUAUGUGUGAAAGGCUGGGUGCACCGGCUGAGGAGACAGGGCAGGGCACUGACAUUCUUGACACUGCGAGAUGGUACAGGAUACCUGCAGUGUGUGCUGCAUGGUCUGCUCUGCCAGACGUACAAUGCACUAGUGCUCUCUACAGAGUCCUCUAUUGUUAUCUAUGGGAAACUCGAAAUUGUGCCUGAAGGAAAAAUGGCACCUGGUGGUCAUGAACUGACAGCUGACUACUGGGAACUGGUUGGCCUGGCGCCUCCUGGUGGAGCUGACGCUAUCCUCAACGAGGAAGCUCUACCUGACGUUCAGCUUGACAACAGGCACAUAAUGAUCCGUGGCGAGAACACGUCGAAGGUGCUCCGCGCGCGCGCGGCCGUGACGCGAGCGUUCCGCGACCACUUCCAGUCGCGGCGCUACACCGAGGUCACGCCGCCCACACUCGUACAGACGCAGUGCGAGGGGGGCAGCACUCUCUUCAAGUUCAGCUACUUCGGACAGGAGGCGUACUUGACGCAGAGUUCCCAGCUGUACCUGGAGACCUGCCUGGCCACGCUGGGGGACGUGUACUGCAUCGCGCAGUCAUACCGAGCAGAGCAGUCACGGACGCGCAGACAUCUCGCUGAGUACAGCCACGUGGAAGCGGAGUGUCCGUUCAUUACGUUCGAGGACCUGCUGUCUAGACUGGAGGACCUCGUCGUGGACGUAGUGGACAGAGUACUCGCCUCGCCUGACGCACAUCUUGUGUACGAACUUAACCCUAACUUCAAGAGGCCUAAGAGGCCAUUCAGGCGCAUGGCGUACACGGAGGCUAUCGAGUACCUGCGCGAGCACAACAUUACCAAGGAGGACGGAUCUUUCUACGAGUUCGGAGAGGACAUCCCAGAAAUGCCAGAGCGCAAGAUGACGGACGAGAUCGGCGAGCCGAUCCUGCUAUGCAAGUUCCCGGCGGAGAUCAAGUCGUUCUACAUGCAGCGCUGUCCCGAAGACCGACGUCUCACUGAGUCCGUGGACGUACUGAUGCCGGGCGUCGGGGAGAUUGUUGGCGGAUCCAUGAGGACAUGGGACCAUGAGGAGCUCAUGGAAGGUUACAAGCGCGAGGGCAUCGACCCUUCCCCGUACUACUGGUACACAGACCAGCGCAAGUUCGGCACAGUCCCGCACGGCGGGUACGGGCUGGGGCUGGAGCGCUUCUUAUGUUGGUUGCUGGACCGCCACCACAUCCGCGAGGUGUGCCUGUACCCUCGCUUCCUCGACCGCUGCACGCCCUAG